AUGAGGUCCUCCAGGAUGCUUCGCCGUGCACCCCUACGCGGGGUCCUCCCCCGAGCCGCCAGGACGACGACGACGCCCCUGGCCGCGCCGAGCCGAUCGGCGAGCAGCCUCUCGCAACGACCGAACGCGAACCACGUCUCCUUCCCGGGCGCCGUCAAGAGCGCCUUCACGAGCGCGCUCAAGUUCGAGACCCCCGAGGACUACGCCGCGGUGCCGACGUACCGGGUCGUCGACCAGGACGGCUCCAUCGUGGACGAGUCGUUCACGCCGGACCUGGGGGAGGAGGAGGUCGUGAAGCUGUACAAGGACAUGCUGUUCAUCUCGGUCAUGGACCUCAUCAUGUUCGACGCCCAGCGCCAGGGCCGGCUGAGCUUCUACAUGGUCUCGGCGGGCGAGGAGGCGCUGAGCGUGGGCUCGGCGAGCGUGCUCUCGCCCGAGGACGUCAUCUUCUGCCAGUACCGCGAGCAGGGCGUCUUCAAGCAGCGCGGCUUCACGACGGCGGACUUUAUGAACCAGCUGUUUGCCAACAGCAAGGACCCCGGCAGGGGGAGGAACAUGCCGGUGCACUACGGCAGCAAGGAGCUGAACAUUCAUACUAUCUCAUCACCGCUGGCGACACAGCUGCCGCAAGCUUCAGGAGCGGCGUAUGCUCUGAAGAUGCAUAGGAUGCAGGAUGAGUCGAUACCACCGAGAGUCGUGGCUGCGUAUUUCGGUGAGGGUGCGGCGAGCGAAGGCGACUUCCACGCGGCUCUCAAUAUCGCAGCCACGAGGUCAUGCCCCGUGAUUUUUAUCUGCCGAAACAACGGCUACGCCAUUUCGACACCGACGCUGGAGCAGUACAGAGGAGACGGCAUCGCCAGUCGCGGUCUCGGCUACGGCAUCGACACCAUCCGUGUGGACGGCAACGAUAUCUGGGCUGUCCGAGAGGCCACCAAGCGAGCACGCGAGAUGGCGCUCGAGAACGGGGGCAAGCCCGUCCUGAUCGAGGCCAUGACUUACCGUGUGAGCCACCAUAGCACGUCGGACGAUUCUUUUGCGUACCGCGCCAGGGUGGAAGUCGAAGACUGGAAGAGGAGGGACAACCCGAUCACGCGGUUGCGCAAGUACAUGGAGGCCAAAGGGAUGUGGGACGAGACCAAAGAGAAGGAAUGCCGAGACUCGACAAGACGUGAAAUCCUCAAGGCGUUCAAGGAGGCCGAGAUGGGCAAGAAGCCGCCCAUCCGCGCCAUGUUCGAGGAUGUCUAUGAGGAGUUGACACCGGACCUGAAGCAGCAGAUGGCGCAGCUACGGGAGCACCUCGACAAGUAUCCGGACGAGUACGAUUUCAAUGAAUUCGAGGGGGGCAAGGAUAGCCUGAAGGCGUAG